AUGCCUGACCUAGAGCAACGUAUGGAGGAGAUGCCAGAGGAUCUUUAUAAGGAGAUUGCCCGUGAGGUCGAUCGGAUGAUCGGCACUUAUUUGACUCUGUCAGAGAGUGAAACUACCUUUAGGAUGGCUAAGCGUAAGCUUUUGGAUGAUUACGAAGCAUUUGAGAGAGAAAGAGAGGCUGAAAGGAGAGUAAGAAGGAGGGUAGACGAUGCGGCGGCAGGAGACGUGCCUGAGAUCACCGUUCAGUCUCUAUCUUCCACAGGUCAACUGGAGGGAAGUCUGAUCCAUGAGGAAGGGAUACAGCAAGAUGACCAGCCGGAUAUGGCUAUGCUAGGCUACAAUCCGACAGCAACGCACAUAAGCCCAGUACGAGAGCGGCCCUCGCCCACAUCGCCCGAUAUUGAUCUCAACUUCUCGGACUUCAGGAUACCGUCAUCGGAACAGAGUAGAGGGAGUCGUGGAAGUCCAUCCAGUCUAGACUUUUUGAACAAUUACUCCUCUUCGCCGCUUGCACGGCCGUCAAAUCCGACGCCUCGUCGGGGUCGUGGCGGUCCAUACAGUAGCGACGAUGCACCUUCGCCUCAAAGCCUGGGCCCUGUAGAUCUUUCUAGUGAAGACAUUUCUUCCGGAGAAUACGAACGGCCGAUGGUCCGUCCAUCUAAUCCUACACCUCGCCGUGCCCAAGGCUCUACAGAUGUACAAGUCGACACGCCACGGCCGAAGACUGCGCGCGGGCAUAGACGUGAUCUGGAUCAAGAGAGUCAUGACCUUUACACUUCUCCUGCCUCUAGAGACGACACCCCACCGGUGCAAGAAUCACCUCGACCGCGCAUCACCGGCAACGACAUUCGUGAGCGUCGCGAGAAGGCACGCGCUUCAGAUGCCCGGAAAAGAGCCGUAAAGCCGCGCAAUAAUAUUCCGUUACGCCAGCCGCCCAGUGCGAUCGCUAUGAAGACCCAAGGUGAAGUUCCAGGGCAAUAUCUUUCCCCCAUACAAGAGGGCACAUCUCCACAUGUGAGCCCUGCGGAAGGCACCAAACAGUAUCGCGUUGCGGAGACGCGCAAGCUUAACAAACAGCUUGAGGGGGAGAGGGAGGAGCGCCGUCUGUUUAAGAAGCGUAUACCGCCGAUGGCCGAACAAGCGCGUAAGGAUGAAGAAAGGGAACUCGCCGAAGGAGUGGAGGCGGGAGGACAGGAAGUGCUUCCUGAGUCCAGUCAAAGGAAAGAACCAUCCGAGCCCAGUUCCACCGGCCCAGAAGGUGAAGAUGAUGACGACCUGGUCCACUUCGAAGACUCUGCCAAAUAUUCCACGUCAACAGGAGCUAUCGUGACGACCUCGCCAGCGGUCCGCCACGACAACCCAUUACCUGCUGCUGCGGCUCAAUCCUCUUCGCUGGAAUCAAGGCCAUCACCUCAGGCAACGACCAAAGGCCAAUCGCGAAGAUCAGCGGCUCCAAGCCCGCCCGAAAGGACUACGAAGACGCCCGCAAAGACAUCUGCGAAGAAACUUGCGAAGACACCUGCGAAGACACCUGCGAAGCAAAAGGCUCCACCAGCAACUGGGACACGGAAGAGCGGAAGAAUUGCAAAGUUGAAGGGUGAGAAGAAGUGA